GUAGAAGAUUGUCCCCCGGUGCACACCGUACGUCAUCUCAGUUCCACAAUACUCUGAAACGUUAGCACCAUUAGCAGGAAACAAUUGAAGCUAUCGGGGAGAGGAAAGUCUGUCUCUCGUCCUGCUCAGCUCCUUCGCUUGACUAUAGCUUGGUUUGAGCAUUUUAAUUGGCACCGACUGCUGACUUCUCUACAACUGUCAAUAUGGUCAACGUACACAAAGGUGUCCUUGUUGAAUGUGAUCCUGCCAUGAAACAGUUCCUCCUCUACCUGGACGAAAAAAUGGCCCUAGGAAAGAAGUUCAUCCUCAAGGACCUUGACGACACACACGUCUUUAUCCUGGCAGAGGUGGUUCAAACCCUGCAAGAGAGAGUUGGCGAGUUAAUGGACCAAAAUUCAUUCCCUAUCACACAGAAAUAACACUCAGCUAUUUCAAUGAACUUUUUUCCCUGGGACUUAGGUUAGUUUAAGAGUUUGUCUUUAAACAAACAUGGUUUGCAAUGUUUUGACUGUAGACUGUAAUGGAGCAGUUGCUCAUUUUUUGCUAAAAUAAUGUAAAUAAAAAAAUAAGUAAUUUUUUUUUUUUUUAGUUCUUGCAAUCCAUUAAUUCUGUCCAUUGUGAAAGUUGAGUAUAUUGAAUUGUUUGUGGGUUGGUUUAAAGUGCUGGCUUGAGUUGCCAUUUUUACAUCUGCAUAUGUUUUUUUUUUAAUGGAGGGCUGAUGAAAGCAUAGAUGAUCAGAGAACCAAAAUAAAGAGCUUUGAUGAGACAAACAUGCAUAGAG